AUGGCUCUGUGGAUCAUCGCCCCCCCACUUCCACGAAGAGAGGAGAUCAACUCAAGCUGUCUCCUCCAACGAACCACAAAGAUCUGCAGCAAACCCAGUCGACUGUGGCUCUGUUCGCCCGGUAUCACCGGCCCGGCCCCGCUGACGGUCCCGGAGGAUUUUCCCGCCUCUCCUCGCGCCGCUUUGCUCUUGUUUGUGCUUCCGGAUUGUCUGGGAUUGUGUCGGCCCCGUUGCGCCGUUUUGGAAGAGAAGUCGUUCCCCACAAAAUGUAGCUCCGGGGUGUCGCACCAAGCGUUGUCACGUAAAGCUGGUAGGGAGCAGGACCCAGCCUGGGCUUCCCUUGUAAACAGAGAGCAGCUCUACAGAGGGGGUCCCAAGUCAGUUCUGGUGGGGGCUCCAGGGCUCCUGGGGAACCAGGUAUCCGGGGCUCUGGGGGGUCUGGGGUUCCGGGUAUCCGGGGCUCCUGGGAUCCAAGGGUCCAGGGCUCCAGGGCUCAGGGUAUCCGGGGCUCUGGGGGGUCUGGGGACUCCAGAGCUGUGGGGCUCCAGGGGAUCCGGGCACCUGGGGGGCUCCUGGGCCCCAGGGCUCCAGGGGCUCCAGGUCUCCAAGUAUCUGGGUCUCUGGGUAUCUGGGUCUCCAGGGCUUUGGGGUAUCCGGGGAUCUGGGGGGUCUGGGGGCUCCAGGGAAACCGGGGCUCCGGGACUCCAGGUCUCCAAGUAUCUGGGUCUCCAGGUCUCUGGGUCUCCAAGUAUCUGGGUCUCCAGGUCUCUGGGUCUCCAAGUAUCUGGGUCUCCAGGUCUCUGGGUCUCCGGGUAUCUGGGUCUGCGGAUAUCUGGGUCUCCGGGUAUCUGUGUCUCCGGGUAUCUGGGUCUCCGGGGCUUUGGGGGCUCUGGGUCUCCGGGUAUCCAGGGCUCUGGGGUCUCCAGGGCUCUGGGGCUCCAGGACUCCAGGGCUUGGGGUAUCCAGGGUCCGGGGGAUCCAGGCGGCUGCUCUGUGUUCCAGGCGGGCGUAGUGAAGGAUGCGGGAGCCAUGUCGGAUGUGGAGGCCACGUACGCGGACUUCAUCGCCUCCGGCAGGACGGGGCGCCGGAACGCGCUGCACGACAUCCUGCAGAGCCCCACCGACCCCGAGGGCCGGGAGCUGCCCCUCACCCUGUCCCUGUCCCAGCUGCACAUCAACGCGGGGGGGGGGGGGGGGCCGGGGCCCCGGGGGGGGGGGGGGGGGGCGGGGACCUCGAUAGCUGAACUCUGCGGGGGUCCUCACACAGACGGAGACGACGCGGAGGACAGCCGCAGCUCGCCGGCCUCGGCCCAGAGGGACGCCCAGCAGAGGAACAGCUAG